UUGAUUGGACGAUGGUAAGCGAUAGUUUACGUGGCAUUGAUGUCUGCGCAGACUCGAAUCACAACAUCCGUCCCCUGUAACCGGCUGGAAGAUGGUGGCAGUCAAAAUGCGGUCUUGUGUGUUGUCAGUUUUGCUUUUGAACGUUUAUUACACAUUUGUUUCCUCACUGUACUUUCACAUCGGGGAGACUGAGAAGAAAUGCUUUAUAGAGGAAAUUCCGGAUGAAACGAUGAUCAUCGGAAACUAUCGUACACAAUUGUACGACAAGCAGAAAGAAGAGUACCUACCUGCCACACAGGGUCUGGGGAUGUUUGUUGAGGUGAAAGACCCUGAUGAGAAGGUGAUCCUGUCUCGUCAGUACGGCUCAGAGGGAAGAUUCACUUUCACCUCUCACACCCCAGGAGAACAUCGGAUCUGCCUUCACUCCAACUCUUCCAAGUUUGCCCUCUUCGCUGGAGGAAUGCUUAGAGUUCACCUGGACAUCCAAGUGGGAGAGCACACCAAUAACUAUGCAGAGAUUGCAGCGAAAGACAAGCUGACAGAGCUGCAGCUGAGAGUGAGACAGCUGGUGGAGCAGGUGGACCAGAUCCAGAAGGAGCAGAACUAUCAGAGGUACCGUGAGGAGCGCUUCAGGCAGACCAGUGAGAGCACCAACCAGAGGGUUCUGUGGUGGUCCAUCGUUCAGACAUUGAUCCUGGUGGCCAUUGGCUUCUGGCAGAUGAGACACCUCAAAAGUUUCUUUGAGGCCAAGAAAUUAGUGUAAACAUGCACUCUCAUAUUGUCGUUUCUGAGUCCGGAUUCGGGAUCAAAUCAGUAAAUUCGGGAAGUUAACUUACACACUAUUAUUGAAUUGAAAAUUCCCCCAUUGUUUUCUGAGGCAUUUUUCAUGAAUCAAUUCAAUUUGAAUGAACUUCCUGAAUUGAUAUGUGUAUUGAACACAACCCUGGUCUGAAUGCAGUACUUAAACAUUAGUGAGAAUGUGUGAUAUCUCCCAGAAGUAUGUGUACAGAUGGGUGAGGUUACCGUUCUAUCAGUGAAAACCCAGUUACUUUUUAUUUUGAAAGGGCUCAACUUUUGGAUUUUUAAAACCCUUUUGUGACUUUGAUAUUCCCCAUUGCUGUUUCUGUACGAACACUGUUUGCAAUUGGUUUUAUUUAUGAUCCUCUACUGUAUGCUCUCUGUCUUACAUUUGGCUGGGAAAAAAUGAUAUUGUACUAUCGAUCUCAAACAUGAUUUUGUACUAUUGAUGAUAUCAAACAUUGUUAAAACAGCUAAUGUAUUUUUUUCACUUCAUAAGCCCCCCCCCCCCCCCCCCCUGACAUCCCGUAAGAUAUUUCUGUAGCACUGUUUGUGACUAGAAUGCCUGUCAGUCACAUUCCAGGCCGCAUCUCUUCUCUCAGCAUAACAGGUGUGUUUUCAAACUGAUUAGGCAUUGUUCUCACUCUGCAUGCAUUGUAAUGGGGGGUUUUGUUACUGGUUGAGAGAGAGAGAGCACCUAUUUUGGUUUAGAGCCCUACAACAGAAAUGGUGACUUGAUUUCUGAAACUUAUUUUUGGUCAUCGGUGCAUAGUAAUCUUUACGUUUUUAUUUAGCGUCAAAUGAAUGUACGUUUCAACCCCCGAUGUAUUUAGUUGUUGGUCGUGGUCUGUGUGUUUUAGAAACAGAAAGACAUCUAGAAUAUGCAGAAUUUUAAAUUGAAGAUCUUGAAACUUGGGAACUUUCUCUUGUUAACCGGUUUUCGCAAAGCACCUCUGAGUAGAUCUGCUGAUCUAGUAUCUGUUAUCCCUUGUUAUUCAUUUUGAUUUAAAAGGAGAAACCGAUCCUAGAUCAGCACUUGUACUCUGACGCUUUCUGAAUAUGGGCUCUGUCUGUUUUAUUUAUGAAGUUGGAAAGUGAGAUAAGAGACACAACGCUUUGGUUAAAGGUUGGUGCCAGAGUGUCUGAUGUUAAUAUGGUAGUUUCAUGGAAAACUUUGACAUACUAGCUAUGCAUUUGCUGAAGUACGAAAGCAGUUCACACCGUUUUUCCGUAACUUGCUGAAUACACUGCCAAAUAUGUUCCCGUAUCACAAUCUACUGUCUUGGUGGUCAUGUGAACAUUGGUUGUUUUUGAAUCUGUACUGCAUAUCUAAGUGAACCUAGAGAGGUUUUGGUUUGUCCAUUUCCUUUCUGCAAAUACUCAGGUAGAGUUUUGAAGACACUGAUUUAAUUCAAUUUGAUUAAAUAAAGAAUUGUUGUCCAGGUUAACAGGUUUGCUCCAGUUCUCAUCAUGUACAAGGAGUUGAUUUGUGUGUAAACAUCCAUUGUACACUUAAAGUAUUUAGCCAGAUAGCGGUCAUUGCUUCUUGUCACUCAAAACAAUUUGAACUACACUGGAUCUUUUUUGCAGAAAAUAUUUUUGGUCAAUUAUUCCAUUUUUUGUUUGUCCUUAAUAAUUCCCCAAACUGUUCCUUGUUGAAUUAGUGCAUCAUUGGUGGUUUUUUGCAUUUAUAUGGUUAGAUACAGUAUCAGAGAUUUUGAGUAUGAUUUGAAUCAGUUGGUACUGGUUAGUUUUGGGUGGGGGGAUUUUAAUUUUAGAUUAUGUAAAUGUGAAAACUUGAUUAAAUUGCACUAAAAAAAUAAAGUUGUCACCAAUG